AUGCGCUCGUUACCUGUCCUCCUCGUUGUUGCUUUCUUGUUCGGACUCGUCAGCUCGUGCUUCCUCAACUCAUGUCCGUACAGAAGAUACGGAAGAACCAUUCGCUGCUCCAGCUGUGGUAUGUCUCGAUUGCGCUUUUCUAUUCCACAAUUACUGGCUCUAGGACCUGUGUUCGAGGGAGUUUGUGUCUCCGAGGGGAAAUGCUGCUCCAAUGACGAAUGCUUUGUCACUUCCGAAUGCAACUACGCCUCCGUCUGUCCGGAACUCUUCUGCAAGGUGAGUUAAAAAGUUAUCGGACAAUUCGGAAUGUUGUUUUCAGAUUGGACAUCAUCCCGGCUACUGUAUGAAGAAAGGAUACUGCUGCACCCAAGGUAAUCAUAGACUUUUCCACCUAUCCGAUCCGAUAGUGAAUGUCUGUUUUCAGGAGGAUGUCAGUCCAGCGCGAUGUGCUAG